AGCUAUUAAAUGAAACAUUUUGAUCAUUUUCCUCCUUUUAAUCUAUUUUUGUGACCAAAACUUGAAAAUGAUCUAUUUAUGAAAAUUGGUUAAAAUCUAUUACUCAAGACAAGUUAAAUAUCAUAUAUAUGUAAAAUAGCAAGUAUUUGGCUUGUGUCCAUCUCAAUCUCAAGUAGUAUGUAUGAAUCAAAAUAUAAUCACACCACCAUAACUAGACGCAAAGAACCAAUCAUAUUGAUUUAGUAGAUAAUUUAAAAACACGUAAAAAUAUUAUUAAAAAAGUGUUUUUACAAGAUUGAUAUUUUUUUAAUAAUUUAAUCAAUAUAAACUAUUUAAAAUUUACAAAAUAAUUAUAAAUAUUAAAAAAAGUAGUAGAAUAUUGGAGUAAAAAAAGUAGUAGAAUAUUGAUAAAGAAACAGAAAACAAAAGUAAUAGUAACAGUAUAUAUUUAUUAUUUUAAUAUUUGUAAAAAGUCUAAAAAUCAAUCUUUCGAAAUACAGAAGAAAAACUAAAUAUUAGUGUCUAAUGUAUGAAUGAAUAUAUAAUUUAAAACAUAAAAAGGAGAAAAUGAGUCAGGUUUAGUCUUUUAAGCCAUAGCCAAUACUACACUUAUUUGCAGAGACAGAGAGAGAGAGAGAGAGAGAGAGAGAGAGGGAGAGAGAGAAGAAACAGCCAUGUUUUGAGGAAGGAGACAUGCAUCAUCAUCAUCAUCAUCUCAAGCUUAUUACUUAACUUCUAUUUCUCUCCAUCUUUUACCAAAUCCAAACACCAUCUUUUGCUUGAAUCACUUAUUAUUAAGGAGACAGACAAUGCAAGUGCCAACAAAUUCAAACAUUCAAGGAUCUCAAUCCUUCAGCUUAACAAAGAACCUGAUGAUGCCCUGCUCGAUGAAGCAUUCGGGUUUACAGCUGCAAGAUCAAGCUUCAUCCUCAACACAAUCUACUGAAGAAUCAGGCGGUGGUUACAUAGUAAGCCCACAGGGAAAAGCUAUUGCAAGUUAUACCAAAUCAACAACCACCUCGUCCAUGGUGUCUCACGAUUCUCUGUUUCCUCCUCCUACUUAUUUCAAUGGCUUCUUGGCUCCUGAAUAUGCAUCCCAAUCAACGGUGCUGCCUCAUGUAGAGAUGAUGGGUUUGGUUACUUCAAGAGUGCCAUUGCCUCAUAACUAUCAAGAGAAUGAACCAAUGUUCGUCAAUGCCAAACAGUACCAUGCCAUUCUUCGUCGCAGGAAGCAUCGUGCUAAGCUUGAAGCUCAGAACAAACUCAUCAAAAGCCGUAAACCGUACCUUCAUGAGUCUCGCCAUCUUCAUGCUUUAAAGAGAGCAAGAGGCUCCGGUGGGCGUUUCCUCAAUACAAAGAAGCUUCAAGAAUCAUCAAAAUCACUCUGUUCUAGUUUGACCACACCGAGCUCCAGUUCAGACCGUGACAACAUGUUCCAGAAUGCACCGUUCAGAUUCUCAGGGUAUCCAUCAACACAUCAUGUCUCAGCUCUCAUGUCAGGGACGUGAGAGUCAUAAUCUUGCUCCAGUUGAAAAGGGGAAGUCAUCCUUGGCUAUAAAAGUGUUAUUUGCUUCUUUACAAAGUUUCUGCCUUUUAAAAAUUAUGUUGUUUUCUAUCAUCUCAUCAUCUGCAACUUCACUCAACUCUACAUUGAAGUAACUUUCAUAUCAUUGUCAAACUAUAUUGUUAAUUACAAAUACCAUUUUCCUAUGAAAUAACAAAUGCUAGAAGACUUGCAUUCAAUUAAUCAAAGAGUAAGGCCUUGUUUGUUUGCUCACCUAGGUGAUCCAUCUGGGUGAAUGAUCACCUGGGUGAAGAUGCAAAUUGAUGUUCGUUUUGUGCAUUAUAAUGCUACAUCCAGAUGAAUCACCCAGCUGAAUUUUUAAAAACUCAUCUCAAAUUUUCACCCAAAUGAAGGUGAGUCUUGAUGGUGCAUCUGGAUGCAGAUGCAUCUAGUUCAGUCCAAAAUGAUAAAUGACAAAAAUGACCUUUUAAAAUUAAAAUAUUAUUUUCAAACUGUAAAUUCUAUUUUUUGCAUAUACAUUUUUCCGCUAUAACCAAAAAAAUAUAUUUUCUCGCAAAAACUGAAAAACACACUUUUCCGCCAAAACCGCAAGAUGCGUUUUUCCGCAAAAAAAAACAUAAAACACACAUUUUCAUAAACACACAUUUUUCUGCUAAACUAGUAAAACUGCACUUUUCGACCAAAAUCGAAAAAACGCAUUUUUUCGUCAAAACAAAAAAAACGCAUUUUCCCGCCAAAACCCCAAAAACGCAUAUUCACACCAAAACUCCAAAAAGCAUUUUCCCGGCCAAAACCGCAGAAAGCAUUUUCUCGCCAAAACCGGAAA